AUGGCUGCUUUGGCUUUAUGGCUGCUUUGGCUUUAUGGCUGCUUUGGCUUUAUGGCUGCUUUGGCUUUCAUGACUGCCGUGUGUUGUGCUACAUCCGUGAUGGGUGAUGGGCACCUGUCCGUGUUACUCUGUGCCAAGCCAGUUCUUGAGUGGUUUCAAUAUUUGACAACACCAACAUCGACGCACGACGGACCGCUCUUCCGUCAACGCCCAAUGUACCCCUUCUUUGCCACUAUGGCAGCAUUGAGAGCCAAGUACCCAAAUCGCGCCACCACAAUCGUGAACCUUGCUGCUCAACGGCGCCACGUUGGCCGACUGAUGGGCAUGGACAUGCUUGGUCUCGCUCAUCAUCACACCGAGUACGCCGUGGUUUCGCCGCUCGUCUGCAAAAUCGAAUCGGAUGAGAACAAAAUCGAGAUCUGCUCACUUCUCAUCACCCGCAUCUCCUGCCAAACUCCGCUCUUGCGCACCCUCAACAUUCGUGAUUCAUUCAACUGUGGUGUCUUUCCUCCCAACUUUGACUGGCUGAUCCUAUCUUGCAAGCGCCGAGACGAGCUACUUGCCAGAUAG